CUUUGAAUCGCCAAGGCUUUACUUUUAUUCAUCAACAAUUUAUUUUCUUUUAAUAUUGUUAUCGGAGAAUGUCCUCAAGCAGUGUGCUCGUUACUAUUGUUAUUCCAGCCUUUAAAGAAGCUGCCAACUUGAAGGAAUUGGUCACUCGUAUUUAUGAUGCUGUGGAAACACAAGAAAUUAAAACUCUUGAUCAACAAAAACUCAUCAGAAGUAAUACUGAAGUGAUCGUUGUUGAUGAUAAUUCAAAGGACGGAAGUGAUGAUAUUAUUAAUGAAUUGGCAAAGGAUAAAACUAAAUAUCCAAACUUGAGAAUUAUUGUAAGAACCAAUGAAAAGGGUUUGAGUAGUGCUGUCUUGAGAGGAUUUGAUGAAGGAAAGGGUCAAUAUUUGAUGUGUAUGGAUGCAGAUCUUCAACAUCCACCUGAAGAUGUACCAAAAAUGUUCCAAUAUUUAUUUAAGGAUAAUGCAGUAGAAUUCGUUUUAGGAACAAGAUAUGGAAGUGGAUCUAUGAGUGUUGAUAGUAAUUGGCCACUCUAUCGUCAAAUCAUUUCAAAGGGUGCUAGAUCUUUGGCUAGACCACUUACUCCACUUUCUGACCCAAUGUCUGGAUUUUUCGCUUUACCAAAAUCAGUUUAUCAAAGAGCUCUUUUGAAUUCUGUUAACCCAAUUGGUUUUAAGAUUGCCCUCGAGUUAUAUGCUAAGGCUGGUGUUAAAAAGCAUGCUGAACAUGCCUUUGCUUUUGGUGUUAGAUUGCACGGGUUUAGCAAACUUUCUGGAAAGGUCAUUGUACAUUACCUCAAACAUUUGUAUGAUUUGUAUCAAUUCAAGUAUCCAUACAUGUUGCACUUGGCUGCCAUUAUCAUUCUCUUAUUCGUUUUUUACAUUCUUAGAUUAAUUUUCUCAAAAUAAAUCAUUUAUUCAACAAGUUUUCUAGGUC